UUGAGGAGCAUCGCUGCGCUCUCUGCUCCAAACGUCACCACCACUGGAGAGACAUUUGUUUUAAAGGGACACCGCUCACUCCAGUGCGCGUGUCACUGCUGGGAUUCAUUACAUGAAGCCGUACAUAUAAAAAAAAAAAAGAAAGAAAGAAAGAAAGAAAGAAAGAAAGAAAGAAAGAAAGAAAGAAAGAAAGAAAGAAAGAAAAAGAAAAAAAAGGGGAAGAAACAUCUUCUGGGUCGUUAACCUGACGUCUGGUCCGCAUGAAAUGAGCCGCACAUGGACAUCUCCACUGACGUUGAUGGAUUUCUACUCGAUGCUGGCGGGGGACUGAUUUGACAAGUGCGCUGCAUCCUCAUCGGGCUGUGGUUCACUUUGGGAUUAUCUGACAUGGCAAGGAUACUGUGCACGCGCGCGAAAGUUAUGCUUUUCAAAAUAAUGGCACUGAUUGUCUUUCAAGGUGUGCUGGCCGCAUCCCAGGUCCAACCCGGAGGUCUCCCAGACUCCAGCAGGGUGUCUGGCUCCGGACGCCUACAGCUUCCCGACGCGACGGAGGCGAAGUCCAGAGCCAAGCGCUGCACUUGUUAUUCCUACAAGGAUAAAGAGUGCGUCUACUACUGCCACUUGGAUAUAAUCUGGAUCAACACUCCCGAACGCACGGUGCCCUAUGGAAUGUCGAACUACAGAGGACCUCAGCGAAUCAGGCGUGCUGUCGGUGGACGAGCAUCUGACCCUGGGGAGUCAAAGACUCAGCGCUGCGUCUGCACUGUGAUCGACACAGACCCAGAGUGCCGUGAUUUCUGUCUGUCAAGCCCCCUGCAGACGGUGCCAAUCAGGAGCCUCCACAGAGUCCCCGGUCCUGGGUGACAGUUUGACGCCUCUCCAUCUUCUGCUCCUCGCCUCGGGGUAAUGGACCCCUCCCUCCUCUUCAGUCCCUCCGCUCUCUGUUUUAUUCGCCUCCGCAGGUACACUCACAUUCAAGAGAAGAGCUCUGGAGUCUGACAUUGCCGAAAUUCCUCAGCAUCAUAACUCUUGGAGCAAGUUUCGUCAGGCUAAGUGGUUUUAAGAACUCUUCAUCAAAUUCAAUACAGAUCCCCGGAGGCUAUGCCCUUUCUGUUCCCCCCUGAGAGCAGCACGAGGAUUACUUCCAUAUAAUAGACAAUGGCCUUACCUCUGUCAAGCUUGAUCAGACAGACCCUUUGUAGUUUACACUUAGUUACGGAACGCUGUGGAUAUCGCUUGACUCUCGCUUUCAAAACCACAAGAUCCGCCAUUAUAAAUCUUUCAGGGACAACAAAGUGCCACGAGGAGCCAAGGAAAGUACGAGGCGGGACAUUGUGAAAUCACACAGACUAAAAUGUUGAAAAACACUGAGUCAAAAAGAAGGGGGAAAGCUUUUGGGCCUUAUUAUUGAGCUUUGAUUUAUGAGACACUUUUUUUUCAGUCAAUCUGGAAACCGUUCACACCCUGAUAGUUUGCAUAUUUUGUUCAUAUCACUUCUCUCAGCUGUAAUGUAUCAAUCCAUCACCAAACCGUCAUAUACGUGAUCUUACCAUCUCUGGCUUACACGACUUUGCAGAAACUGCGUGACAAGCUUUAGCUUGAGUGAACUGAUUGAACCGUCUAUGGUCAAGUCUUGCCCCAAAUAAGUCCAACACUUUCCUGUUUCAUUGCAGCUAAUGACAUCACAGGGACGCAUCCGCUCAUUUAGCUGUCAUUGGCUGCUCUGAGCUGUGGAUUACUUACAUUCUGUAAUUUGUGUUAUACAUUAAAAAGCAAGACGAUAUUCUAUAUUUCUCUCACUGUCAACAAAUCCCUUGAAAAGACCAAAACCAACAUUUAUGUCUAUUAAAGGGGGUUGGGAGACAUAAACCAGAGUGACCUGAGUGACAGACUGACCGCCACUCAUUCAGUGAAAGUACAUUUGUGGCAAUAUGAUUUUAAAAUGUGGUACUUGCAUGUCGCCUAGCUAGCGGCUCGUAGCGACUGGGAGGCUGUCCAUUGUGUGACUGUCUGUGGGGCAGUGGGCGUGUCAGUACGCAGCCGUGCUGUAGCCCUGCUGUUCACGGCACCUGUGUGUUAAGCUAUUUCAACCUCUAAAAUGCAGGUUUUUACAAAUUUGUUUAGAAGUUGUCAAUAUAGACUCAAGCAGUCACGUGCUUCAUUGGAGUACAGUCAUAUUGUUUCAACUGAAGCUCAAAGAAACAGGUUCAAAGCCCUGUUUUCAUUGGCCGAGUAUUACCUGGGUACCUGUAGUAAAGUAAAGAUCUUUAUCCCUUGCAAACCUGCCAUAUUAUAUAUUAUUAGUAUGGCAGAGUAAAUAGGUAAAUAUUGCAUAUAAUACUCAGUAUAUGGUAUCAAACACAGUGGUUGUUUGACGAUAUUAGUCUUGUGUGAAUGAGCACCUCUGUGAUUAGGGGUCGCGUUUUUUUCUGUAACAUCUUGUUCUGAGUGAUUGUGAAAUAUAAUCACAGCUAUGUUGAACAGCUCUGAGAUCAGUUCUACUGAUGUUUAAAAGUGACGACAGGGAAGAUUAGGAGCAGCAAGUGGGUUGUCGUAUUCAAAUAGCCACAAAAAGCAUCUGUUGCUUGAUCUAAAUCAGCUGCAAAUGAAUAUGUAUGCUUGUAACACAUGCAGAAAGUGAUCAAAACAACUCUAAAAUAUAUUAUUAAUGUGUCUGCUAAACAACAGACUCCACUUCUGAAACGGUGAUGUUACAAGGGUGCUUUGACAUCAUGUCAGGGGGCUAAUUGUGAGUAAAUUUAAGUAAAAUACAGGCUUUACUUAUCCCAUGCAAAUGCACUGUAUGAAAGAUAUAGGGGGGUCACUUUCUAAAUCACAUGAGGUCCACUGUAAUACUAGUCCUGUGGGAAUAGGGCUCAAGUGUGCAGUAUCAUCUUAAGUAUUAUUAAGUAUUAAAUAUUAAUAUUGUCUGUGUAGUCAAAGCCUGAUAUAUCUUAUUCCUUUGUGUCAUAGACCUCAUCCUAAAAUAUUUUUAAACACAUGAACAACAUCACCGUUGUACUGGUGCCAUGUUCCCUCAUCACAAUGAACACGGACAUUGUUCCUUUAAGUCAGUCCCUGGUGCACGAAAUGUAUAUCCGCAGCUGAAAAUAGUCCCUUACAUACACACUAUUUACAUAUAUUUUUUACAUACAUUGAAUAGCAUUUGCUGAAAACUGCAGUGCCCAGCUGUUUCAAGAAAGCACUCAGCUUUUGUGAAAGAUGAAACUGUGUAUCAGGGACUCGUUUUUUUUAGAUUUAUGUACGAAAUAAAUAGGUGUGGGGCCAAGAAAAAGAAAGAGAAUGUAAUGAGACGAAUGCAGUUUUGGUUUAGGGUUUGUAACGGGGUUUAGUUGCAGUAAGAAACAUAGAGAAUGAUGCUUUAAGGGUUAAAAGACUCUGAUCUGUAGCUAUAGCCAAAUUAGUGAAGCAAAGCUCCUGGUCAAUAUGGACUAGUGUUGAUAUAUAACUCCAUGAAUCUGUGAUGUAAUGAAAGAAGCUGAAAGCGCCAUGUCUAAAGCCUAAACAGACGGUGGUUCAAGCGUGUCAAAUUCGAUCAAGCUUCACUAACAGCUUCUACAAACAGAGUUAAAAACCCACCAUAGUUGAGUGAUUGUGUUCUUUGUUUUUGGGGCACAUGUGCUCACUCACUCACCAGCUAUUUAGUUUAUCUGGUUUUCAUUCUCCCGUGCUCUAAUACUUUGUAUUCCUGUCCAGUCUGCCAAAUACUUAAGCUGACAAUAUAUACUUACAAAAAUGUGUCCACCUUUUAUAAUUUUCCAUCAACAGCAGAAAUAGUUCUCCUGUGAGGAGCUCAGCCAGGUUAACAUCUUGUACAAAUUUUGUGUUUUCUAUCUGUUUGUCAGGCAGCAUUGUGUCACGACAAACCAGACCAAUUUACCCAAAUUAUGUGGUAUACUCCACACAGCAAAAAUAACCAGAAGUAGGUGGAUGCUUUUUGUUUGUGCCUGCUGGUUUGCGGUCCGUGCUGAAAAGUGCACUGAGAGCAUUUCCGUGAAAAUGGAGUUUUAUGUGAGGAGGCAUCACAGGACAAUACGCUCUUGAGUUUGGCACAACUUCGCUAGUCUGUCCUGAAAAAUGGAAUACAGGUUUCUUUCUUUGUACAAUUACAAUAAUCUGCUCAGAGUCUUUCCAAGAAUGAAUCACUACUUGAUUCAUAAAAAGCCAUUGAAUCAUGCCGAGCAGUACCGUAAAAGUACCGUAAGGAGAAUUCGCACUGGCUUUGGUUGCCUUCUGGUGCAUGCUUGAAUCAGCACGUUGACAUCCAAUACAAGUUUCCAGUUCGACAGUUCAGAAGUUCAUGAAGUGGUUACAUCUCAUUCUGGUCCAAGCAAAUAAAAAAUUUCCUGUGCUGGUCAGUGGAUGGGGAUCCAUGCAAAUUAAAAAUCAACAGUGACUUUUCAAGAACUGUUUGGUGGGUCAUGUUGAACACAAUAUAUGUAUAAGUGUGAUUAUUUUUGUUUAUAGGAAUUAUUAAUUUACUAUUACUUUACAUAACAUGAAGAGGAUUAUAUUACAUAAAAAAUGUAUUACA